AUGAAGAUGCCAGUUUCGUUCAAGGUGAAGAACCGCACGGUUAACUUCAACUAUAUUCCUGACCUCGAUCUCCGCCGUCGCCGUGUGUUCGAUGAGCUCGAUGCUACUCACUUCCAGAGCCUCGUGGUAUUUGUUGCUGGAAUCGGUUUCUUCACUGAUGGAUACGAUAUUUUCGCUGUCGGGAUGAUCAUCCCCAUGCUGGCGCAUGUCUACUGGCAUGGCACCAUGCCUAUGCAUAUUGAAACGGGCAUGAGAGCUGCCACUCUACUCGGCACAAUUAUCGGACAGUUCGUCUUUGGUAUACUUGCUGACCUCUACGGGAGGCGGAAAAUGUAUGGCUUCGAGCUUCUCAUCGUUACGCUGUCGACUAUCGGUGUUACCAUGGCUUCUGACGGUGCAUCUGGCUCUAUGAGUAUUGUCGCAUGGUUGAUCGUAUGGAGAUUUAUCAUGGGCAUUGGCAUUGGAGGUGACUACCCACUGUCUGCCGUUAUUACCUCUGAAUUCGCUCCAACUCGAUCGCGAGGCCGAAUGAUAUCAACGGUCUUUUAUAUGCAGCCUUGUGGUUAUCUUGCUGCGACACUAGUGGCAUUGAUAGCGAUGGCUGCACAUGGUGGCAGUAUUCCACAUAAUAUACCCACACGGGUUGAAGAUAUAGUAUCCUGCACGGAUAAUCCAGAAUGCCGACGUGCAAUGGAUAGCGUUUGGAGAUGGGUUAUUGGCAUAGGUGCUGUACCAUCAGCCAUUGCCAUAUUCUUCAGAUUCAGUAUUCCCGAAUCUCCCCGAUACACGAUGGAAGUACUGAAUCGACCAGACGAGGCACUGGAGGAUGUCAACGAAAUGGGCUGGCAGCGUGUACCCCAGAAGACUAUGACCCCAGGUGAUAUUGAGAUGCAACUCCCACCUCUACCAGAUCAACAUCCCCAAUCUCAGUCACAACCAAUGCCGGAAGGCAAUCGCAUACAGACGGAAAAACCACCGAGCUUGUCUGUUAGGCCUGCUUCGGCAAUCUCACAGCCAUCGAAUCAGCCCAUCUCUAAUGAUUGGAGCCAUUUUGACCCCCGUCAGCACCACAGGAGCGCAUCACGAGCGACAACAGAUGGUGCCUCUCAGCGUUCCCCUCGUCGUGUCUCGCGGACACAUACCAUUUCCAGUGCUCAUUCAGGGGCUGGAUCUUCCCUAUCCUUUUCCACAUCCAACGACGAUGAACCCGCGGAUAGUACGUUGGUGGAAGAUGAUUUCGCUCCUCCUACCAAGGAAGCUAGCCAAUGGACUCACUUCCGUACUGGUUUCUACAAUCACUUCAUCACCAAUGGCCAUUGGCCCACACUCCUUGGUACAUCACUUGCGUGGGCCUGCUUCGACUUUGCAUUUUAUGCGCUUGGCCCUAACUCGUAUAAAGUCGUUGGAAAGAUCUUUAACGAGAAGGUUCUCUGCUUCCCCAGUGUUGUCAAGCAAGGCGGCAAGCUGCCGAGUCCUUGCCUUCCCCCUGGCCGCAGCUUAUACGAGGAUGGGAUUCAGAAUGCAUGGCACUCGCUCAUCAUCGUCUCCGCAGGCUCAAUAACAGGCGGUCUAGGCAUGAUCAAGAUUAUCAAACGAACGUCCCCUCGCACCAUCCAACUCUACGGUUUUAUUUUAUUGGCUGUGAUCUUCGUUAUUAUCGGCGUUUGCUUCCAGGUCGUUCCUAGAUCUGCCUCCGUGCCCCUGAUUGCAUUCCUCUACGCACUGUCCCAGGUUUUCUUCGAGAUUGGCCCUAACGUCACAACGUUCAUGAUUCCAGCUGAGUUAUUUCCAACUCGAUUCCGCUGCACUGCCCACGGCAUCUCCGCGAUGUCUGGCAAGAUUGCAUCUGUCUUGGUACAGGCAUUCGUCGCCUAUGCACCAAUUGGCCCUUACAAGCCAUCCGACAACAACCCUUCUGACAGUAACUCGACCGAUACUAAAGCUCAAUGGCUAGGUUUCGUGGUUAUCAUCUUUGCGGCAUUUAUGGUGCUGGGUGCUGCGGUUACAAAGUGGCUUAUCCCCGAGGCAAGACAGACUGACGGUCUUGCAAGGCCUCUGGAAGAGUUACAGUAUCUUGCCAAGAUACGGCGACCGGCAAAGAAGAAGACUGCUGUGUCUGAUGCCGUAGAUCCCCAGGGCGCCUCUAUCCCUAAUAAUGGGGCAAAUGGCGUGCUUGCCCGAGUGUAA